AUGCCGUUAAAAGCCAGUAUAUGGUCUUUGAGGUUGGGUCUAAACGAGCCCCCUAUAUAUCUGAAUGGCGUACCUCUGGAAAGAGUACAACAAUUUAAAUAUCUUGGCCAUAUCGUUACGACCGACCUCAAGGACAAUGCUGACAUCGAGCGUGAGCGGAGGGCUUUAUGUGUUAGAGCUAACAUGAUCGCCCGGAGGUUUGCAAGGUGUUCCUGGGACGUGAAAGUAACGCUUUUUAGAGCGUACUGCACGUCUCUGUACACGUGCAGCCUGUGGGCGAACUACACUCAGAAAGCCUACAACACCCUCCGUGUGCAGUUUAACAAUGCGUUUAGGGCGCUGAUGGGGCUGCCUCGCUACUGCAGCGCGUCGGGCAUGUUCGCGGAGGCGCGCACGGCGUGUUUCUACGCGAGCAUGCGCGCGCGCGGUGCCGCCUUGGUCCGUAGGGUGCGAGCUAGCCCCAAUGCCGUCCUGGCCAUGAUUGCCGACAGAGUCGACUGCCCCUACAUGCGGCAUUGUUGCGACCGGCAUGUUUUAAAAUAA